AUGGCCAAGCUCGCGAACCUCGUCCCACUUGUGAUACUCUUCCUCGUAGUAGCAGUAGGAGGAUUCAUAGGCUACUCGAUCUACACAUGGUCCAACGAGCUACAAGAGCGCGGAAAGAAGAAGAUGGAGAAGAAGAACAUGAGCUUUACGAAAGAGGGUGGACUUCGGGUUGGAGUGAAAGAGGUGAAGGAUGAGAAGUAUGCGGACAAGACACAGAAUGUCCUCGUCAAUGUCUGGAAUAACGCCGAACUACCCAACUACAAAUCCUCACUAGGCUGGAACAGCACGCAAGGCAAGAAUGGCGCGAGCACACCAAAGUCAGGCACAAGCUCACCACGACCGAGCGGAUCGCGGUCGAAUACUGGAAAUGCGAGUGGUGCGCAUGUAGCAUCUGGAGAACAAAGGAGGGCUGCGCAGUCUCCAAGCACACCUGGUGGCUGGAAUUAG